AUGCCUGAGAAACUCUCGAAGAUGAAUAAAGAGGCGAGCAUUGCGCAUCAAAAGAUGAGACCGGAAGGAAUAUAUCACGUGGAUGAAAUAGACGAUAGAUCUCGACGGAAGUUGCGAUUAAAAAUUAUAAAGAACCUACUGAUUGUAGGUUUUGCCUUCAUGUUGCUGUUCACGGCAUACCUCGCCGUACAGAAUCUGCAGAGUAGCUUGAAUGCAGAGGCGGGACUUGGUACGGCGUCGCUCAGUGUGAUCUACAUCGGAUUAAUUCUUUCAUGCUUGUUCGUCCCUGUUCCACUCAUGGAUAUGCUCGGCUGUAAGUGGACCAUAUGCCUCUCGAUCUUGUGUUACUCUCCUUACAUGGCGGCCAACUUCUAUGCCAGCUGGUGGACCUUAAUGCCAACUGCCUUCAUACUUGGGGUGGGAGGAGCACCGCUCUGGGCAGCCAAAUGCACCUAUCUUUCUCAGAUAGCAUCCGAUUACGCAGAUCUAACGAAACAGAGCCGUGAAGCUGUCAUUUCAAUGUUUUUUGGCGUGUUCUUCAUGUUCUUUCAAUCCGGUCAGAUCUGGGGAAAUCUGAUUUCGGCGAGCAUCUUCAAAACUGACAUCGUGGACAGAGACGUAGAUGAAGAGGAAAUAACUGAUUGCGGAGUCCAUUUUUGUCCUGACCAUGUUUUAAACAACACUAACUUAGAAAGGCCACAUGACAACCAAGUGUAUUUGCUCUUCGGAAUUUACACUGGGUGUUCAUUAGCUGCUGCUGCCGUCGUUGCCAUUUUCUUCGACCAGCUUGAACAGGAUGUCACCAGGAUGAGUAAAACCAGUGGCUUUAAACUAGAUUUUAGUCUUUUGCCCGACACUUUCAAACACCUGAGACACUUAAAUCAGCUGCUUCUGAUUCCACUGACUAUCUAUAGCGGCAUUGAAGAGGCGUUUGCAGCAGCCGAAUUUACAAAGGCAUAUAUCACGUGUUCAUGGGGAAUCCACAUGGUGGGAUACAUCAUGAUUUCCUAUGGAGUAGUUGAUGCCUUGUGGUCGCUGUGUGGCGGACAGUUGACUAAAUUCACCGGACGAAUUCCCAUGUUCGUACUGGGGACGGUAGUGCAUGCAGCUGCCAUCCUGACCAUGUUCCUAUGGCAACCACAUCCAGACGAGAAAGCCGUAUACUUCAUCAUUGUUAUUGCAUGGGCGAUUGGAGAUGGCGUCUGGCAAACCCAGAUAAACUCACUCUACGGAUCCUUGUUCGUGGAGCAAAAGGCAGCAUUUUCUAACUACCGCCUGUGGGAAAGUCUAGGAUUUGUUAUUGCCUUUGCCUGUGAACAAUACCUGUGCACAAGGCCCAAGUUGUGGAUGACCCUAGGAUGGUUAACAGCAGGAAUGAUCCUCUAUGGCAUUGUCGAGUUUAGAAAUAGGAAUCGCACAGCAGGUGACUCUGCCAGCGCCCAGCCCGAUGUGGAGAAUGUACCACUAGCUUCUAUUCAUCAGAAGGAGAUGGGAGACAAGAAGGCACAGAAUGGUAGCGACAAUCCCAAGUGCGAGGGAGACACGUUGACCGAAGCGACCAAAGACGAAGAAACGUAG